UCUUCCUGUCUGACCGAUUGCAGUUUGAGCGACCGUCCGUCUUUUACGAAAAAAUUAUAAUAGAAAUUCCAUUUGAUUUAGCAUCUUCGCUCUGUGCAUUUUAUUGUUUUAAAUUUAAGAACUUCUGAUCGUUAAAUAGUUUUGUUUAUUCGAACUUCGUGAUUUUUUUUUUUAUUGGAAUAAAACCGAAUAGGACAGCUUAUGGUCAGUUCAGGUCCGAUCUUCAACAGAAGCAAAUGAUACAUUAGCACAGCUGAUUUUGAUGCAAAUUUAAUUAUCGGACUCGAACAAUUUCUCUACCCGGUUCAACUUCAUAAAAAUUAAUUCCGCAGUGAAUUAAUCUUUGAAUCCAAGAGGGGACCAUUUGAAUUUCGAAUGAAACGAACGACAUCUUUUCCAUACAUCCGGAUUAAUUUCUGAUGUAGCUGGAAAGGGAUCAUCAGAAAGAAUAAGGGGUCGUCCUGUUUUAUCUUCUGACCGCAAGCGCACCCACCAAGACUCAACCCUGGCUUCUGGACAUAGCAAGGACUCUUACCGACGUGUGGCACAACACCUUCUGGCUCACAUUUUGCCAUCGAAGGAGACAACGGCAUAUAUCACCUUUUCCACUCUGAGGCCCAACGAAACCGCCAAAAUUUCGCCUUCCAAGAGCGGAGAUAGUGCCGACAUGGCGGAGACACAGCCGCAAAAGAAGCGGCGUUCUUCUACCUGUGUUGGCUGCGGAGCUGCAAUCACAGAUCAAUACAUCCUGCGGGUCUCUCCCGACUUGGAAUGGCACGCGGCGUGCCUCAAGUGUGCCGACUGUCACCAGUACCUCGACGAAACGUGCACGUGUUUCGUCAGGGACGGAAAGACGUACUGCAAAAGAGACUAUUUCAGGUUAUUUGGCAUCAAAUGCGCCCGGUGCAAUGUGAGCUUCAGUAGGAACGAUUUUGUGAUGCGAGCCAGGAAUAAGAUCUACCACAUCGAGUGCUUCCGGUGCGUCACAUGCACGAGACAGUUGCUCCCGGGCGACGAGUUCGCCCUAAGGGACGAUGGACUCUUUUGUAAAGCAGACAACGACUGUACGCCCAUCGUUGAAAAGAAAAUCACACCCAAUGGUCACACGGCCAAUGGUCAGCACUCGCCCCACAACGGUACAACACCCAACGGAACGUCCCUACAGAUGGCAGCCAAUGCGGAGUCCAUGCAGACGAAUCGGAAUCGGGACUCGGUGAGGCCGCAGGUGCACAAGCAGAACUCGGACCACAAGCCAACGCGGGUUCGGACCGUCCUCAACGAGAAGCAGCUGCACACGUUGCGCACUUGCUAUGCUGCCAACCCCCGACCAGACGCUCUCAUGAAGGAACAGUUGGUAGAAAUGACGGGACUUAGUCCGCGUGUGAUCAGGGUGUGGUUUCAGAACAAGAGGUGCAAAGAUAAAAAGAAAAACCUCAUGAUGAAGCAAUUACAACAACAGGAGAAAUUUGUGAUCCUCUCCAUGUCAGAAUCAGACUCUUCGUCCCAGGCAUCCGUGGACGGGAGACAGCUGACCCUGGGAUCCAUGCGGGGCGUUCCUAUGGUGGCCACAAGCCCCGUACGACACGAGAGUCCAAUCCAGAUGAACCCCAUCGAAGUCCAGACUUACCAGCCGCCCUGGAAAGCUCUCACGGAGUACGCGGCCAUGCAGCCCGAUAUAGACCCCACGACGCCGCACUUCCAGCAGAUAGUCAGUCAGAUGCAUGGAUAUGGCGAUCCUGGUCCAGACCACCACGUGAUGUCCCACGGGCCUCCACAUCAGCUGCCCCCUUACCUGACCGAUGACCACUCUUUGCAUCAGCCACCUAGCAACCUCUCAUCGCACAUUCCCGGCACACCUUCCGAAUUGUCGAGCCCGACGAGCGAAUGAUGUCCGACGACCCCACGGCCGAAACGGGGUCGGCCGCCAAGAACGUCCGACUGAUCCGCACAGAACGACACGAGCUUGCAUCUACUCACUCAUCAGUCCGCUCGUACGAGUGUCUUUGAAAGUCCAAUGAGAAAUGGAUGUUUGCUCAUCUCUGAGAGGGUCGAAGCUUGUUUUUCGAUGGAAAACGCCGGAACAAAAAAGGCAACAAGUGAUAUUAACAGAGAAGACAAAAUGUUAGGUUAUUUAUUUUGAAACUGCACAAAGGAAUUCUGAUGACGGAAAGAAAUUCAAAACGUUGUAUUUAACGGAAUUUUUAAAUAUAUAUUUAAUUAUUCCUUUCCUGUUUCUAAUGCAGAUUAUUUCAUAAUCAGAUAAUCAAUCAAUUAAUUUCUAAUAUAAUGAUCUUCUACUGCUACAUAUUUGAACUAUAUCAUUCUAUUAUCGGAUAACGUUAUAAUAAUAUUUCGUUUCGUUUUAAGUCGAUAUUCGGCACAGUUGUUCAGAAACAACGAUAGUUUUCAUUGAUUCUUAUGAGAUCCCUAACUUCAAAUACUUUACAUAGCUACUGUAAGCAUAUCUUCAUAUACAAAUUUCUAUGUAAUAAAAAAAUUAAUUAAAAUAUAUUUCGAAGAAUUAUUUAAGUUAAAAUUAAUUACUUAAUUACAAUAAAUUUCUAAGAACAAAUAUAUUAUACAUAUCCUACUUAGCAUGUGUUCUCACAAAAUUUUCUACUACAAUUUUUCACCAUUUUUUAUUUAAAAGAAAAAGAAUUUUUGAAUUAUUUUGGCAAAUAAUGUUUUUUUUUUUAAAUCGGUUAUCAGAGAGUUAAAUGUCAAUGGACCAUUAAUUAGAUGUACAAAAUGAAGAUCUAAUGUUACGUUCCUAAUAAUCUUUUUAAAAUGUUAACUAUUUUUAAAAGGUUUUGAUAAAAUAUAAUUAUUUUAAUAAUUCAUUGCUCAAUCUUGUACAAAUUUUGAUUUAUACAGGAAAAAAUAAUUUUAAAGUUGACGUGAAAAGUUCUUUAAUACAAACAUAAUUAAAAAGAAUGAUAUGUUAAUUAGGCUAUUGGCACUGUUAAAAUGAAUGAAUGAUUAUCCUAUGAUUUGGUAAAGAAAUAAGAUGAAAAAGUAGAUUAAUACGAAAUAAUUUUAAUAUCAGUAACUUUACAGAAGGUAACGUAUAAUAAUCUGCAUUUCGUUGAAAAUCAACAAAUAAAUUGAUAACAGAUAAUAAUUAAUAUUUUGAAAAUAAAUUAAUUAUAUAGAAAUGUGAAAAAAAUAUUAAAAUAUUUUUUCUGAGUAGGCAAAUAAUGGAGGAAAUAUAUCCCAAUAAUUUCUUUCAAUGGUUAUAUAAUUUUAAAAUGAACAAACAAUUUCAUGACAAAAUUUUUUGUUAAACGUUAACACCUAUUUGUAAAUAGCAGCAACAACAACAACAAAAAAAAAAAAAAAAAAUUCACAGAUACCCUUAAAAAUUGAAAUGUAUUUGAAUGAUCAGAAACAGCACGAAAUUAAUUGAAAAAAAACGAAAUAAUUUAUUAAAAAAGUUAUAGAUAUUUCAUUUACACGAACAAGUUUUUAUGUUAUAAAAAAUAUAUAUUUUCAGGAAACUAAUUCUUAAUUGACCUACAUUUUUAUCAGAAUACAUUUAUAUAUAUAUUUUUAAAUAACCGCUUGUAAUCUGUAUAUAAAGAAAAUAAUUUCCUUUUCAGAGUUAAACUAUAAAAAAAUGAUUCGCGUAUGCGACAAAAGAUUUAAAUAUUUCUUUUUAUUACCUAAUACAUUUUUGAAAAAUUCGGAGCAAAUGCAACGUUUUAAUUUCUUUCAUCGUGGUGAAUGUUUACUGCCAAUAACUGUGAUUGGAUAUAUUUCUAUCACUGGUGAUGUUAAGUUUAUGCGAAGAAAAACUUUCAUAUGAAGAGUGUAAUGGACAAAAGACAUAAUAACCAUGUAAAAUAUCGCAAAUUUUUCUACCGUACAUGAACAUAUGCAACAAAUGACCUUUUCUAUUCAAUUCAUGGUGUUGCAAAUGAAUUGUUACGCAUCAGCCAAAGUAGAAACUGUCCGAGGAAUCGCAAAUGUUUGAACCUCCCAAGUAUUCUAAGUCAUCAAAAUAAAAUAAAAAAUGCUUUCUAUAAAUGUUUCAGAUCUUAUUUCCUGCGCAGUGUGUCAUCUGAUGCUAUUCAUUUCGCAGUGUGAAAUUAAAGAACUUAGAAACGUGUGUGUGUGUGUGCGUGUGUGUACAAUGUUGGGAGAAAAUGUAACUUUAUGGAGAUAUUUCUGAGAUUUUUUGUAGAUUGCAGACGUGUGUGUAUAAAUAAAUGUCUGCAAAGUUAAAU